CCCUCUCUCUCUCCCUCCAGUGGUACAACUAGUAAAGCUGAAGCGUGUGUGUGUUUAUAAAGUUGUUGAGGAAUGGCUGUAAUGAAAGGAGGUCCGGUCUGCAGGCUGCUGUUUCUCAGCCGGUGUUAAUUUUUUUUGUACCUGGGAGUUCAUUUGGUCUUUAUCUUCAUAUCACCAUACGCAGCAAUUAAAAAACAAAUAGGUCACUGCAGCCCCCGUCACCGAUAACAGGAAAGACAGUUGUUGAGUCAUGACGUCGGAGGGGAAAUGUGCAGACACCGUGCAGGACCCUCUGUUCAUCCAGGAGAGUGAAGAAGUGUACAGGAACCCCACUGAAGUGAAGAUGAGUCAGAUCGUGCUGCCAUGCCACGCCAAUCACUGCGGAGAGCUGAGUGCAGGACAGCUGCUGAAGUGGAUGGACUCCACAGCCUGCUUGUCAGCUGAGCGACAUGCAGGUUGUUCCUGUAUCACCGCAUCUGUGGACGACAUCCAUUUUGAACACACCAUAGGGGUGGGAAAGGUAGUCAACAUCAUAGCAAAGGUCAACAGAGCCUUCACGUCCAGUAUGGAGGUGGGUAUAUUGGUGAAUUGUGAGGACCUUUACACCGACAAGCAGUGGAAGGUUUGUCAUGCCUUUGCUACCUUUGUUGCCAGACGAACUGGAGCUGGGAAGGUACAGCUGAAGCAGGUGCUUCCUCACACACAAUUGGAGCAGAUGGAGUACAGCCUGGCAGCAGAGCGGAGGAGGAUGAGGCUCAUCCAUGCUGAGAUCAUUACAGACCUACUGAGCAGCAGCACAGCUCAACUAGGAGAAUGCCAGGAGUACCAGGAUGCUGUGCCGGCUGAGCGGACACGAGUGGAGAGUGUGGAGCUGGUGCUACCGCCACAUGCCAACCACCAAGUCAGCACCUUUGGGGGUCAGAUCAUGGCCUGGAUGGAGAAUGUGGCGACAAUUGCAGCAAGUCGCUUGUGUAACGCUCACCCAACCCUGAGGAGCAUAGACAUGUUCCAUUUCCGUGGCCCGUCUCACAUCGGUGACCGACUGGUGCUGAAAGCCAUUGUCAACAAUACCUUCAAGCACAGCAUGGAGGUGGGAGUGUGUGCUGAGGCCUACAAGGGUGGAGAUCCUCUGCGCCAUAUAAAUAGUGCCUUUAUGACCUUUGAGGUGCUGGACAGUGACAGGAAGCCAUGCAUGCUGCCACGGAUACGACCUGCACCAGUGGACGGAAAAAGACGUUUUCAAGAAGCUGUUGCCAGAAAGAAGAUUCGUAUUGAUAGGAAAUACAUUAUCUCCUGCAAGCAAACUGAAGUGCCUGUCUCUGUGCCCUGGGAUCCCAGUAACCAGAUAUACCUGAGCUACAAUAAUGUGUCGGCUCUGAAACUAAUGGACACCAGAAACAACUGGGUAUUAACUUCUGAGAAAAACAAGGUCAGGCUGUACACGCUGGAGGAAAACCACAUGCUGCGUUUCAAGGUGGAGAUGCACGUCAGCGUAUCAGCAGAGCAGACGUUCCACCUACUGUCAGACCUGAGGAGGAGAAAGGAGUGGGACCUGCACUAUGAAGAGUGUGAGGUGAUCAACCAAGCAGACGAGGAAGACACCCUCUAUCGCGUGGCUGCGCCGUCGGUCAGUAAAGGGGGCAAAGGCCAGGACUUUAUCUUGCUCGCAUCCAGGAGGAAGCCAUGUGACGCCAGGGACCCGUAUCUGAUCGCUCUGCGUUCUGUCACAUUGCCCACUCACCCUCCCACUGAGGACUACACCAGGGGAGAAGUGCUCUGUGCUGGCUUCACAAUCUGGGAAGAGUCCAGCACUGUCACUAAGAUCACCUACUACAACCAGGCCACGCCGGGUGUCCUCCCCUACAUCUCCACAGAUAUCGCUGGCCUCUCUUCCAGUUUUUCUAGAAAUUUCUCUGCCUGUAGUCACUUCCUGGAGGCCAACAAGGACAGCCUGGCUGCUCUGCCCCCCUCUGCACGGUGUCAGAAAAUGGUCUCCCUACAAAUAGAGCCGUAGCAUCAGGAGGAAGGAUUAUGAUCAUCUAACUGUAGUGGAGGUCUUGUGCUCUUCAAGAGCCCGUAGUUGAAUGUAAGUGUCCGACUGAGAUUAUUAGUCUUUGCCUCAGUUCUCACCGUACGAGAGAAAUUCUCUUAAAUAAGGAUAAAGUGUAUACAUUGUUUUGUUUUUUAGUCGCUCAUGGAUUUUAAGCUUCAUUAGAGCUAAUAUAUUAUGGAAAACCUCCUUGUACUCAUUUAUAGAUUAAUGAAUCGUAUUUUGAUGCAUAUGUUAAAGUAUUUAACACAAUCUAUUAUUUUCAGACAGCCAUGUGUUUUUUAUGGUAAUGCCAGUCUUUCAGUAUAAAAUCUGAUAUUUUAAUCAGCCUUUUUGUUAUAGUUUAUUUCUACCUCCUAGUUUUUAAACCAUGAGUAGGCCAAGAUGAACAUUUAUUGUGCAAUGAUUCUUUUAUUUUGAAAUGUAUAGUUUUAGAGGACAACUCUUGCACUGAUUGUAUGAUAUGUUGACGUUCAAUGGCCAAGUGUCUCACAUGUCAAGCUGUCUUGAUUUUAACUGAAACAAUAAACACAAUGGACCAGUGGGUUUUGCUCAUUUGA